AUGAGUUACAGCUACGCGGUGUCAUCUGAUAGAAAUGAGAGGAUUGUUGUGUAUCGGGCUGGAUCAAAAACGCGUCCAUCAUUUGACGACGACGUAAACACAGAUAAGGGUCCAACAUUUGACGACGACGUAAACACAGUCAAGGGUAAGUAAGUGUUUUGUAAAAGGCUACCUACUUUUAUGAAGUUUUGUCGUUAUAUCUAUGAACUUCAUCCACACCUACACGCUGAAUUAGAGUUUAAACUUAAAUUUUCCGCCCGUUCAUGGUCCCUUCGAGUUUAUUUCCCGUAAGUCAUUUGCCAAAAAUAACAAUCCUGUCUUUUUCUCUCAGUUUUUAUGAUUAGUCUUUAGUGACAAAACAUAUAUGGACGGGUCGAACCUGGUGCCCUUUCCACUCUUUUCUUUGCGUCUUUAUGUUAGAUUUGCAACUCUCAGUAACAUCAUCCGUCCACAUCCACGCUCCUUCUUUAUUUCCCAGGUAUACGUAAGGGGUUUUGGUUGGCCCUCGUCGUUGUUUUUAUCACGGCGAGGAAAUCUGUGGAUAAGGAAAUGUUCAAAAAAGAACAAUCGUGAUAACACAUUACAGCAUACGUUACUGUAGUUCUGCUGUCUACGAAUUCAAAGCCCUUCUAAACUUCUAAUGUAAUCUUUCUUUCUUGGCACGAAGUUCUAUUGUUCACGCAGUCGUGUGCGUUCUACAUGCACACAAUGCAUAACGCACGUUAUGGAACACCAAGAUGAGUGGUUUGCAUUUGUGGAAACAGCAUUUUUUCCAAAAAAUCUAAUUCUAUGAUGUUAGUUAAAAAAAUUUCCAAAUUCUCUAUGCAAAACUAAACGAAUUGGGUCAUAAAAUAAAGCCAGUUGUCUUAAGCAGGAUAGCGAAAUGAGCCGAAUCUUAUUCUUAAACAGGGUCAGGGUAUGAAGGCCUUGACGGUACACCUCUACAAUUAACGUCUUCCCUUAACCCGAUAAUUUCACUUUCGACUUAAUCUCCCCUCAUCCUUCAGGGUGGCAAAGGGGGCUACCUAUCGCGCACCAUGCCGAUUUUAUCACGUAUCACGGAAAAGUAAAAUAAAAUCAUUUGAUCUGAAGAAAUCAGAGGUCGAGAAACGAGAAAAAAGGGCAAGAAGUUGGUGUCUCAACUAUCUAUUUUUAUGUCUCUGCUUCUAGUUUCAAAUGAUAUUAACCAUAACGGAAAUUUCAAAGGAAAAUCACGCGUCACGCGUUGUGAAAAUUUUAAAUCACGCAUCACACUACUAUGCUCAAUCACUUCUCACGCGGAUAAUUUGGGCCCGAUCACGCAUCACGCUGAUAAUUUGGGUCCCAUCAUGCGUCACGGAGACCCCCUUUGCCACUCUGUAACUUGAAACCCCUAUCACGUACAGUGACGGGCACUCCGAAGGAUGACUCGAAGGAGGUAUUAAUAAUUCUAUCUUGUUUCCAGUAUGGCUAGUGACGAAUCGGAAAUUGUACUAUCCGCUUCACCAAGACGAAUAUCGAAAAAGACGACAAACCAAAGGAACAAAUCCAGAUGUUUGUUUAUGGGAAGCUGACAUUACUAACUCAGAUAACUUAAUGGUCGAAGAUCAUCCGAAGUUUCGGGGAGUUUGCGUGGUUCAAUUAAAAAAGGUAGUCGAAAAUUAACUGCGUUAACUAUAGGUAGAUGCAAAGUAUCCAUGACGUAGAAACGGCUCAGUAUGGAGAGUCAGUCAGUCAGUCAUGCGGUUUUUUUUGCCAGUGGCCUUAACUUCCUAACUUCCUAACUUGUUUUUACAAGGAAUCGACUGGUAUGGGCUAUAUUAUAUGAUGCAGACAAAAGUUACAGAAAAUGUUUUUUUUUCUGCGUUUCCACGGUUGAUCGAAAAAGUCAUUGCUGUUUUUAGCUUUUAUUACUGUAGUCUAAAAAAAUACUCCUUGAAUACAAAUACAUCUAAAAUGUUUGGUUGAAGUUUUCAGUUGUUCUUACAAAUUGAAGCAGGCCAUAUUAAAAGUCAGCAUUGCUUUUUGCUUUCCUGGAGGUUGCAUUAGUUUUAGCUUCUAGUGGACGUAAACAUUUAGUUCGUUGGCGCUGUUCUGAUAAAAUAUAACAAAGAACCUGCUUCGUUUUCUUCAUAGCAUUAAAUGAUAAUUCUUCCUUCCUGCAGUAGAAGAACACCAUGACCAGUUAUUUUGACUUAAAAUCCGGAAAAUACUAGGAUUGGAACCAAAAGAGGACGAAGGACCUUUAUUCUCUCUUGAUUGGAACCCUCUACGCGUAUGAAACUUCGGUAUACAGUAUACAAAUUACCCUCUGUGCUUUAUAAUCGCAGAGCGCCAAGAAAUCCACAUCCUCUAAAGGAGAAGAAACAAGAAAACUCAUCUCAGAAUUAAGAUCUUUAGAGUGGGUUGAAACAAGUGCCUUUGAAUGUCAAGGAGGAGUGUCACUUAUAAGCUUUAGUAUGCUAGUGUACGCCAUAAAUGUCUACUUGGAUGACAACGAUCCAGAAACCCCCGAAGACUUUAAUUUCCAGGCGGAACUAAAGGCUGCAAGCCACUGGGAUUGGUUGGAUGACGAAACACGAUGUCUUGAGCUUGGGCCUUAUGAUGAUCGUCGCGUAAAAUCAGCUGCGGAACAGACAUUUCAUAAAUGGGUAGAAGAACUGGAUAAAGAGAGGGAACGGCGGUCGUUCAAAAAGCCUAAAAAAGAAAGCGGCUCUUCGGAUGAGGACGAAAGAGUGUCAGGUAAACAAUUGCAAGCAGGGACAUGUUCUCCUCCCACAAUGAAAGAUCUUUCAGCGGUUUGUUUUAGUAAUACCCACUUUUAA